UCCCCUCCCUCUCUCAUCUCUCCCCCCUCCCUCACUCCCUCCCUGUCUCUCUUCCCCUCUCUCUCUCUCUCCACCCACCACGCCAACUCUACCCAGAACAUCCCAGCCUCAUCCCCAGGCCCCUGCCUGCCUCCAGCCCCUAGCAGCACCAGCCUCACAGCCUCACAGCCCCCAUGGCACUUGGCACUGAUUCCCACCACAAGGACAGAUGGUGCCAACCCUGACCUCUCUCCUCGCCCGCGGGGACCACACCGCCACAGAGGGACCGCCCACUGACAGGAAGAGGAAGAGGAGGGAGCUCCGUCACCACGGCAACCCCUAGCCCCACAUCCUCCCCAAGGGCCUCAGAUAAACACAUUCACACAGUAGGACCUCGGUAUCUAUCAGGCUCCAUCCUGGUCCCAUAGCUCUGAGGGUUCAGUGAAGGGCUGUCCUCUCAGGCUGCAGUGGAUUACCUGUGAUCCACAAAGAAUACCUGUAAUCCAGUGAGAAGGAACUGUGAUCCGGAGAGAGGCCCAGUGAUCGAUCCACUAAGGGCUGCUGUGAUCCACUGAGGACUGAGUUUCAGAGAGAAGGAACUAUGAUCCAGCACUGAGUGAUCCAGGUUGUGUCCUGUUAGUGUUCUGCUGUGGUGAGCGUGGCCGUCAGGCUGGGAGGAUCAGGAUGCCAGAGCUGGAGGACUUCCCCCCGAUGCGGGGUAACCAGCCGUCCGGUCCCGACCCGGUCCAGAUCCAGCGCAGCAUACUGGACGAGCAGGUGGAGCUGUGGUGGUUCCGCGACCCGGCAAAGUCUCUGCUGUGCUACUCCGUCGCCGUCCUAAUCAUCCUGGGCUGCGGCCUGGGGGGCAUCCUCCUCCUCUCCACCACUACCAGCUUCUCCAGUGACUGGCGCAUGGGAGCGGGCAUGGCUCUGUGUCUCUUAGCCCUGGCCGUCCUCCUCAAACAGCUCCUGAGCUCCGCCGUGCAGGACAUGAACUGCGUCCGCAGCCGGAGGCGGAUCGAUAUCCUGAAGAGCGGAGGGCUGUCUGAUCUGUUAGUGGUUCUCAUCACAGGGCUGUGUCUGGUGGUCUGUGGGGCUGUACUGCUGAAGCUGGCACUAGGGCACCACAUGCCCAAGCCUGGCGUAGCCCUUAAUGAUAUGUACAUCUCUGGGGUGGUGUUGUUAGCUGGAGGGGGGGCAGCGGUGGUGGGGGUGGGGGUGUACACGGGGGUGGUGUUGCUGUUGGAGAGGACGUGGCCGGGACAAAGGUUCAGGGAUAGGGCCGUGGGGGUGUUCACUAUCUUUGGACGACACAUGGACCAGGGUAGGAGGGAGACCACCUCUAGCCUGGCUAACCUCAUCUGA